AUGGAAGGUUCCAGCGGACUGUCUGAGUAUGUGCGCGUGAAGGAGGAGCCCGCCGAGCCAGAAGCGGAGCCCGAGCACCCGCCGCCCGGCGCGGCGCCAGUGCACAUCAAAGAGGAAUUACAAAAUGGGCAUCAUUCAGACAGUCUGAAGGAGGCAGAGUGUGUCAAGCAAGAGACGGAGUGUGAAAAUGAAGUCAAGGAAGACCUCUCAUGCUCCGACAGUGAGUGUGGUGUGAGCGAGGCAGCCAUGCUGGCCGGCCUGUACACAGACCAUGAAGUUAAAGAUGAGCUUGUUCUGGGACAGGAGUGUCCAUAUAGACCUGAUGUAACUCUAGUAGUUAAUGUUGUCCUGUUGUCUAGAAUGGAAGGUUCCAGCGGACUGUCUGAGUGUGUGCGCGUGAAGGAGGAGCCCGCCGAGCCAGAAGCGGAGCCCGAGCACCCGCCGCCCCACGCGGCGCCAGUGCACAUCAAAGAGGAAUUACGAAAUGGGCAUCAUUCAGACAGUCUGAAGGAGGCAGAGUGUGUCAAGCAAGAGACAGAGUGUGAAAAUGAAGUCAAGGAAGACCUCUCAUGCUCCGACAGUGGGUGUGGUGUGAGCGAGGCAGCCAUGCUGGCCGGCCUGUACACAGACCAUGAAGUAAAAGAUGAGCUUGUUCUGGGACAGGAGUGUCCAUAUCGACCUGACGUCACUCUAGUAGUUAAUGGUCGCGUUGGCUCUGUGCUCCGAGAUUGCUGCGUGACACUCGAACGCCUCCCACACGUCGAGACGCUCGCCAAGCGCCAAGACACAACUCAUACUGAUACGGAAUCUGAUGACAAAAAAAUAUACGGCGCCAAUCGCCAGACCCACGACACAACAUAUACUGACACAGAGUCUGAUACUGACGAACUAUACGCUAGAGAGAAAGAACCGAUAUGUGAUCUUUGUGGUGAAAGCUUCAGUCUAAAGUCAGAUUUAUUGAAACACGUCAUGGAUCAUAUCCACAGCCCUUCAAGCGCGGAGCAGGAAGGGAGAGGGCACAGUUAUGCAUUUGAUGGUCAAUGGACGCAGGAGCAGGAGCGCGCCCUGUGCCGCAAACACGAUAUUCGGGACUGCUGCGUGCGCCUCGGACGCCUCCAACACCACGAGGCUCUCGCCACCAACGAUACACAAUACAUAACUCAAACUGACACGGAAUCAGAUACAGAGGAAGUACACACUAGAUUUGACUAUGAGAAACCGACACGUGAUCUUUGCGGAGAAAGUUUUGCACUGAAAUCCGAUUUGAAGAAACAUAUCAUGAUUCAUAUCCAUGUACCUACCACACACCAUCCACAAGCGCGUACUGAUAGGGAAUCAGAUACUGAAGAGAAAAACAUCGAUAUUGACUGUGAGAAUAUGUACGUAGGUCGCACUAAACAAAUGUAUGAACAUUCAGAAAUUCAUGCUUAUGAGUGUGACAUUUGCGGUAAAAUAUUUCAGCGAAAAAAUAGCUUAAAACAUCAUAUUAAAACGCACUCGAUCCUGUCAAAGUCUAAGGUUUUUAAAUGCAAUAACAUAGGAGAGAAAUCAUACUGCUGCGAAACAUGUGGAAAGCGUUUCCCAGCUGGAUAUCGGUUGAAUGCACAUAUACGAAUUCACACCGACAUAAGAGCAUAUUCUUGUGACGUAUGUAAAAAACGAUUUAAAACUGUGAAGUGCUUAAAAGGACAUACACGGAUUCAUAGUGACUUAAGACCAUAUUCGUGUGACGUAUGUAAAAAACGAUUCAGAUAUUCGACUAAUUUAAAACGUCAUACACGGAUUCAUAGUGACUUAAGACCAUAUUCGUGUGACUUAUGUAAAAAACGAUUUAGGUGUUCGACUUAUUUAAAAAGUCAUACACAGAUUCAUGGUGACAUAAGACCAUAUUCGUGUGACGUAUGUAAAAAACGAUUUAGAUAUUCGAAUCAUUUAAAACGUCAUAUACGGAUUCAUGGUGACAUAAGACCAUAUUUGUGUCACGUAUGUAAAAAACUAUUUAGAACUGGGUGUGAUUUAAAAAAACAUACACGGAUUCAUACUGGGGAAAAACCAUACACAUGCAAGAUAUGUGGAAAGAGUUUCGCAUCUAAUAGUGGACUGAAUGCACAUAUACGAACUCACACCGCCAUAAGACCAUACUAUUGUGAAACAUGUGGAAAGCGUUUCCCAACUAGAGGCGGGUUGAAUAGUCAUUUACGGACUCACACGGACAUCGGACCAUAUUCGCGUGACGUAUCUGAUAAACGAAUUAGAACUUGAAAACAUUUUAUAGAUCAUGCAGGGGUUCAAAGAGGCGAAAAACCAUACACAUGCAAAAUAUGCAACAAACGUUUCACGCAUCUGUCAAGCUUCACCCGCAUGAAUUAACAAAUACUGAAGAAAAGCUGUUUUCCUGUGACAUAUUUAAAAAGCGUUUUCAAUUCUUGGGAAUGGUUACCAUGCGGACCCCAGGCGCCGUGGCAAAAAGCCAAGAUAGCGCAAGGAAGAUGAUUGUAAAUAUGGAAUAUAAAUUGUAGGUAUAGAAGAGUGGUGCCUCCCGGCACAGGUUUAUUUGUAAGUAACUUUCAAGGAGACAUCAGCCAUUGUAAGAUUUUGUACUGGUUUUGAAGUAAAUAAAGAAUUUUGAUUUGA